AAGCCUUUCAAGCCUAGAUAUAUGACAUUUGACGAUCAAUAUGGCCACCCCCGAGCCUACCAGCCCCCCUAGGGCAACAAGCGCAGCAGCUCUCGAGCCAUCUGAUUCCAGGCAGAAUUCAGCACGGCUGAAUAGGGAUGAACGGAUCCGAGUAUUAACCCUUCGAGAUGCUGGAUUUACAUAUCUUCAAAUCUCUCAGCAACUUCAAAUUAGCUAUCGCCAAGUCCAAUAUACGUGCCAAAGCCAGCAAGCAACCCCUAAAAAGGCCCGUGGCAACCCUCCGAAGCUCUCCGAGGCUGAAGUUCAUCAUAUUAUCGAAUGGAUUACUUCUUCGAAGCGUACGCGACGUAUGCCUUAUUAUAAGGUUAUACAAGAGCUUAACCUAUCUAUUGGAAAGCACGCCCUGGCUCGAGCUCUUAAAAAACGAGGUUAUACACGAUGCAAGGCUCUUAAUAAACCUCCUCUAUCAGAUAAACAUAAACAAGUACGUCUUGCCUGGGCCCUAGAGCAUUUGAAUUGGACGACUGAACAAUGGAAUCGUAUCCUUUGGUCUGAUGAAACAUGGGUUACUUCAGGAUUUCAUACGAGAAUCUGGGUAACUAGAAAGGCUGGUGAAGAGUUAGAAGAGACUUGCAUACGAUCCUCUCCUGCACGGAAACGUGGAUGGAUGUUCUGGGCUACUUUUCAUGGGAAUAACAAGGGUCCGUGUUUAUUCUGGGAGAAGGAAUGGGGAACUAUUAACUCAGAGAGAUAUUGUCAACGGGUUAUACCAAUUAUUGAUGGCUAUAUUCGCUUAUUACGAGACGAUAUCUGGCUUCAAUUUAUGCAGGAUGGGGCACCUGGCCAUGCGAGUAAGGAGACUCUCGAAGAGCUUCAUUCUCGUGGGAUAUAUCCAAUUUAUUGGCCAGCAUUCUCACCUGAUCUCAAUCCAAUUGAAGCAGUAUGGAAUUGGAUGAAGGAUUGGAUUCAAGAACAAUAUCCAGAUGAUGAGCAACUUUCUUAUGAUCGACUCCGUGAGAUUGUACGAGCUGCUUGGGAUGCACUGCCUGAGCAGUUUUUGAAGAGCUCAUUGACUCUAUGCACGCUAGAUGCCAAGCUGAGAGCACUCAAUUCGAUUGGCCAAGGUGAGAGUGUUCACUCUGAGGGUGCUGUUACCAUAACAACCCCAAUUGGUGAUGUUGAUUUUCAUAUUAUGAACACGCCAACCCCAUUCUUGCUUUGCUUAGACGAUAUGGAUAAACAUGGCGCUUACCUAGAUAACAUUGCGAACUGCAUGGUAAAGGGAGACGUACGGGUCCCAAUUAUCAGAAAGCGAGGCCACCCAUGGUUCUUCCUUGAUAAGAAGCAGGCGCCAGUAACAUUUCUCACAGAGAUUGAGAUAAGACGACUUCACUGUCGGUUUGGCCAUCCUGUGGUUGACCACUUGCACAAGCUUUUAAAACGAGCAGGCCAUGACAAUGCACCACGACGCUUUAAAUUCACAUUGAAUGACGAUCGUGAGUUUAACUAUGAGAUUGUCGUCGAUGUUAUGUAUUUAGAUAGCAAGCCAGUGCUUCAUGUUGUCGAUUGGGCGACGUCCUUCCAGGCCGCACGAUUUUUGAAGUCUUUAUCUGCGAAAGAUACAUGGGAAGCGCUCCGGGCAGUGUGGAUUGACACCUAUCUUGGCCCUCCUAAUGUCAUCUCACACGACGCAGGAACCAAUUUUGCCGCAUUAGAAUUCAAAACUGAGGCUAAGAUGAUAGGAAUCCAAUGUCACCAAGUGCCAGUGGAAGCACACAAUGCAAUCGGGAAAGUUAAGCGUUACCAUGCAUCACUGCGUAGAGCAUACAACAUUAUAUCGGCAGAACUAGGCGCCAGCGUCGACAAGGACGUGAUCCUCCAGAUGGCUAUUAAAGCCGUCAAUGAUACCGUGGGACCAGAUGGAAUAGUUCCAACUGUACUCGUUUUUGGUGCUUACCCGUGCAUAACAACUGACUCGCCCCCAUCCGCGUUAACUGCUCGACGUGCUGAGGCAAUGAGAAAGGCGAUGGCUGAAUUGAGACGUGCCGUGGCAGAGCAACGAGUCAAUGACGCACUUAACACCAGGAACGGCCCAAUUAUCACGGAAACGCUUAAUCUCGCACCAGGGAGCGAAGUCAAAGUAUGGCGCGAAGGAGAUGGUUGGUCAGGACCGUACAAAGUUAUAUCAGUCAAUGGCCAUGACGUGACUGUAGAUCUUGGAAAUGGUGCUGUUGCAUUCAGGGCGACGUCGGUACAGCAGUAUUUACGUGAUAGCAAGGAUGAGAGUGAUCGCCUGAUUAGAUUGCCUCUCUCUCCCCCCCAAGAGGAUCUCAAUCGCCAGGACGGAUUUCAUACGAGAAUCUGGGUAACUAGAAAGGCUGGUGAAGAGUUAGAAGAGACUUGCAUACGAUCCUCUCCUGCACGGAAACGUGGAUGGAUGUUCUGGGCUACUUUUCAUGGGAAUAACAAGGGUCCGUGUUUAUUCUGGGAGAAGGAAUGGGGAACUAUUAACUCAGAGAGAUAUUGUCAACGGGUUAUACCAAUUAUUGAUGGCUAUAUUCGCUUAUUACGAGACGAUAUCUGGCUUCAAUUUAUGCAGGAUGGGGCACCUGGCCAUGCGAGUAAGGAGACUCUCGAAGAGCUUCAUUCUCGUGGGAUAUAUCCAAUUUAUUGGCCAGCAUUCUCACCUGAUCUCAAUCCAAUUGAAGCAGUAUGGAAUUGGAUGAAGGAUUGGAUUCAAGAACAAUAUCCAGAUGAUGAGCAACUUUCUUAUGAUCGACUCCGUGAGAUUGUACGAGCUGCUUGGGAUGCACUGCCUGAGCAGUUUUUGAAGGAGCUCAUUGACUCUAUGCACGCUAGAUGCCAAGCUGUAAUAGAUGCUCGAGGUGGUCAUACAAAAUAUUAG